ACACACAAAUGUUAUUCCCUCGUGUGUGUGAUGUGAUGCUGAGCGUGUGCUCAGUCACAGUCAUUGAUCCCAGCAUCAGGCAGCAGAUCUGCUCUCUCUACAGGGUCACCACUUUCCCACAUUCACACAGAGCUCUGUGAGCUUCUCUCCAUCACCCCCCCAGUCCUCCACCUGUUCCCCUGAGAUCUAACCAUUGUCCCCCAGGCCAUCACACACUUCAUGCUGCGGUAUCCUCUAUUGUCUCACCAGGCUCUGUGAUUGGCUGAGACUGUGAGAAACUCCAGUCAGACCAAGACCCACACAUUCAUAUGCAGAUGUGGGACUAUAAAUAGGAGGGAUGAAGCCAGCACAGAGCAGAUUCUCUCUGCAGAGACCUCUACAGCACAGAGAUCCACCCAUGGCACCUACUAUCACUGCAGCAAUGACCAAUUCUCAGGAGCAUCUGACUCUGAACCACAAGCUCAGAAAGCCUCUGGUGGAGAAGUUACGCAGGGAGCGAAUCAACAGCAGCAUUGAGCAGCUCAAGUCUCUGCUGGCUCCAGAGUUCCUCAAACAGCAGCCAGACUCCAAGCUGGAGAAAGCAGACAUCCUGGAGAUGACAGUUUGUGUCCUGCAACGACUGCAGCAUCAACAGCAGAGAAGACUGAUGAAGAACUUCAGCAAGCUGCAGUCUUCCUCUGAGAAACACCUGACAGAUGCUGACUUCUCUCUUCUGAGCUCCACAGUCCACAUCAGCAUCACCAAAGACAAGAGUCCAGUCAGCAGCGCCCCCUGGAGGCCAUGGUAGACACCUCCAGCCUGGAGUCUCUCCUGGAAAAAGUCAGUUGUGAAACAAAGAUGACUGGACUGAACUCUUUGAAAUCUGAUGGACUUGUUCUUCUGUAUGUACAGAAGCUUGUAUUUUGUGUGUGUUUUUCUCUGUCCAAGAUGACAUUUCCUGAGGAAAUGACAGCAACAAUAUCUUUCAAGUUAAGAAAGAGAACAUCUUGUCAUGCAUGUUGCAUGAACCAAAUCUGAUUGCAUCAGCAAUUCUUAUUAUACCUCAGUGUACUUCAUGUAUUGGUGGUACCUGCUAUGGUAACAUUUGCUAUCUUUUGAUUGUUAUUGAUGGUUGUGAUCAACAACUUUAACUGUCUUUUUAUGGACCUUUGGUCACUAUGGCAUUUCUCUUAUUUAAAUGUCACUGAUUGGUCAGAACUGAUCUGUUGUAAGAUCCAAAUGUUUAUCUUUUUUUGAAUGAUGUUCUUAUGUCACAAUU